CUACAUUGUCUCCCAUUCCUCACUUAAUUUCACUUCCCUAGCCCAUAUAAAAGAUCUCACACAUAUCUUCCUCCUAACAAUUUUUUUUUUUUUAAUUAUAUAGUCGUUUCUUUCGGGUUUUGAUAAAGUAUAGACGAGAUUUAAUCUUUUUCCGUCUUUCUAGUGUCUUUCAAGUGUUACAGCAUGAAGUUUGUUACCUCCACCCCUCGCCACGACCUUCGUUUACCUUUUCUUUUUCUCGGUUUCUUAGAAUCGUGUCUUAUAUUUCUAAAAUAUGAUUUAAUUUUUCAUAUUAUUCCUAUUUUAUGCAUUUCCUUUUAUUUUAUAAUCUACUCUUAUAAUCAUUUAAUCCCUCCUAAGGUUUUCUUAGUGGAUUUUUCAUGUUAUAAGGCUCCAAAUUAUUGUAGAUUUCCUCCUGUUUUAUUUGUAGAACAUUUUCAGUUAAUGAAAAAUUAUACACAAGAAAGUGCAGAUAUUAUGUCCGAAAUCGUUAAUUCUUCGGGCCAAGGCCCGUCGGGUUAUCUCCCACCAAAUUUGCAUUAUUUAACCCCCAAAAAUAGUCAUUAUAAUCUCAUUGAAGAAGCUAAAAUGCUUCUUUUUCCUGUAAUGGAAAAUAUUUUAAGUAAAUCCAAUUUAUCUCCUCAAAAUAUUGAUAUACUUAUUGUUAAUUGUACAUUAAUUUCUCCAUCCCCUAGUUUAGCCUCUUUAAUUAUUAAUAAGUUUAAUCUUAGGCCCGACAUAAAGUCCUAUAAUCUAUCUGGGAUGGGCUGUAGUGGUAGUAUGGUUGCAAUGAGCCUGGCCCAAAACUUGCUUUUGGCCCAUAGAGAUUGUAAUGCAGUUAUCUUAAGUACUGAGAUCCUAACAGCGGGCUGGUAUUCGGGUAAUGACCCGUCAAAAUUGUUUAUGAAUUGUAACUUUCGGAUGGGCUCAGCCGCUAUAUUAUUAUCCAAUCGAAAACAAGAUAAAAAUACGUCGAAAUAUAAAAUAAAUUUGAUUUCGAGGGCCCAACGGGCUUUCGAUGAUCGGGCUUAUAAAUGUGCAUAUAGAGAAGAGGAUUCAAAUGGGCUGACGGGUGUGAGCGUGUCGAAAGAUAUACCGGGCGUGUUUGCGGAAAUGUUGCACGACCAAUUAGUGUGUCUUGGAACGUUAAUUUUGCCAACGUAUGAAAAAGUAAAGUUUGUUGCAUCUAUAUAUUGGAAGAAAUAUUUUAAAAAAUCAGCGAAAAUUUAUGUACCAAAUUUUAAAACGGUCGUACGACAUUUUUGUCUACCGCUUUCUGGUAAACCAGUAAUAAAGAAGAUCGGAAAAGGUUUGAAGUUAGGGGAGACGGAAAUGGAGGCGGCUUUGUCGACAUGGCAUAGGUUUGGAAAUUUGUCAUCUUCAGCAUUUUGGUAUGAAUUGGCUUAUUUAGAAGCUAAGGAAAGGGUCAAGGAAGGUGAAAAAAUUUUAAUGAUUGGGGCAGGAAGUGGUAUGAAGUGUAUAAGUGUUGUUUUAGAAUGUAUUAGGCCCAUUUUUGGUGAGUCCAAUAAGGGCCCAUGGGCUGACUCCAUUGAUAUGUAUCCCAAUUUGGAAAUUUGAUGGGUGAAAAGCUUGCUCUAUCUUUUAUUUUUGAGUUUGUAAUAUAAGUGUAUUAAAUAAAUAGUUUCUCGUGCAAAUUGUUACAUUUUAUUGUAAAAUAAUAGCUUAAGAGGGUUGUUGUAUAAUAAUUGUAAAAUAUGAAAGUAAGCAUUUUUCUCAAAUUUUUAAAUAAAAUAAUUUCUAUUUGGUUGAGUCAA